AUGGACGUCAAGAGUGCCUUUCUAAAUGGUGCUCUUGAUAAAGAGGUCUUUGUCAAGCAGCCUCCUGGUUUUGAGGAUCCAAAGCAUCCUCACUAUGUCUACAAGCUCAAUAAAGCUCUUUAUGGUCUCAAACAGGCUCCCAGAGCCUGGUAUGAUACUCUCUCUUCAUUUCUUUUAGACCAUAGAUUUCAUAGAGGAACCAUAGAUAGCACCCUCUUCAUGUACAAAGAGAAAGCUCAUGCUUUGUAUGUCCAAAUAUAUGUUGAUGACAUAAUAUUUGGUUCCCUCUCUCCAAUGCUGUGUAAGAAGUUUAGUACUCUUAUGUCAAGUACGUUUGAAAUGAGUAUGAUGGGCGAGUUAACCUUCUUCUUAGGUUUACAAAUUAAGCAACUUCCCACAGGCAUUUUCAUCAACCAAGAAAAAUACACUAGGGAUAUGUUGCAUAAGUUUGACUUCACCCAUGUCACUCCCAAACGCACUCCUAUGUCUCUUCCAAAUAACCUUCAUGCUGACCCAAAUGGGAAGCAUGUAAAUCCCACUUACUUCAGAGGCAUGAUUGGAUCGCUCAUGUAUCUUACAGCGAGUCGCCCUGACAUUAUGUUCUCCACAUGCCUUUGUUCUCGCUAUCAGACCUCUCCACGAGAAUCUCACCUCCUCGCUGUAAAGCGAAACUUCAAAUAUCUUAAAGGUACACCCACCUUGGGUCUUUGGUAUCCUAGAGAUUCCAACUUUGAUCUUGUUGGAUUCUCUGAUUCUGACUAUGCUGGAUGUAUGCUUGAUCGCAAAAGCACCAGUGGUGGUUGCCAACUGCUGGGAGGAAGACUAACUAGUUGGACCAGUAAAAAGCAACAUAUUGUCUCCAUCUCCAUAGCUGAGGCAGAAUAUGUCUCUGUAGCGAGUUGUUGUGCCCAAAUGCUUUGGAUGAAGCAUCAACUCGCUGAUUACGAUUUGGAAUACUCUAAAAUCCCAAUCAUGUGUGAUAAUACAAAACGUAUGGAUGUCAUUGAAAAACAAUGGCCUAAUGAACCGGCUGAAACUGCUACAGCAGCUGAAAAAGCUGACUAUAGAAUUCAAUACACAAGAUUCAAUGAAGUUUGUUGUUUGAUGCUUGCGAGCAUGUCUCCUGAGCUACAUAAAUAA